AUGGACUUCAUUUCUGUGGCCUUCUGCACUGGCACUGACGAACCAUCGCAGGACCCAGCCGAUGAUCACAACGGUGGAGCUCAAGAUCUGACCGUGAAACCCUUCAACCUUCGAUGGGACUCUUCAGGAUCUUCGUCCGGUAGCUUUAAGAUCAACUUCCCUAUCGGCGAUGAACAACAUGGUAGCCUGCUUCGCCUCAUUCAAGAUUGCCAACCGGCCAGCUUUGGCUACAAGGGCGACGACGUUAACGAUGAGUCCUACCGCAAGGCGGCAAAAAUGGAUCGCAGCGCCUUCUGCGUAGAUUUUUGCCCCUAUGAGGUUGGCAUCAUCGACACCAUCGCGCAGGUACUUCUUCCGAACGCGGCAAGUAACAUCGCCACCCAUGGAGUUAAGGCGGAACUCUACAAGCUCAACAUAUACUCCGCUCUCUCUGGCUUCUUCAAGACACAUGUCGACACACCGCGCUCUGAGACUCAGUUCGGAUCACUUGUUGUCUCACUCCCGUGCCACCACGAGGGUGGGCAGCUGGUUGUCCGCCAUGCCGGUAACUCUCUGACCUUUGACUGGGGCAAUUCAGGCUCUGGUGGCAAGACAUCAACAUCGAUCCAGUGGGCCGCGUUUUACAGCGACUGUGAGCAUGAAGUGCUCGAAGUGACAGAAGGACACCGGGUCACGCUGACAUACAACCUCUACUAUGCCCCUGGUGUUGGUGAUUUGGCGGUAAACAGUCCCGCAAUGGAUGUCAAAACGCUCCCUCUCUACAAGAAGCUCCAAGAUGCGCUCCGUGAUCGCUCGUUCAUGACAGAAGGCGGAUACCUCGGGAUUUUCUGCCAACAUGCGUACGCUCAUUCGACGGUCGAAGGAGUCAAGUCUCUUCCAGCUGUCCUAAAAGGCGCUGAUAUGGCGGUGUAUACGAUCUUCAAGGCUCUUGACCUUCCUACGUCUAUCCGUCCGUUCCUGUAUAUCGAUGACUGGUACCACCCUACUUUUGAUUGGCGCAGUCAACGCCUUUCAGACACCUCUACUACAUACGUCGGAGGUAAGAUGCGUCCCCUUGUUAUCACUGAGCGUGGUGGCGAAGGCGACGGGCCAGAUGAUAUUCUUCCGAGCUUCGAAGGGGACUGGCUAAAGGUCAAUUGGCUCAUCAAGCCUGUGAAAGAUACCGCUUGUGUCAACCUCAUUCAUCUGACGUACGGAAAUCAAGCUGGCAUCGAUUGUGUCUACAGCUAUGCAGCUCUGAUUGUCACGAUCCCUCCCGCCAGCGAACGUGUUCCCGCCUAAGUGCAACAUGCAUCAGGUUCCGUCCUCCUCGGCAUAGGUAAUGGGGCGGGGGUUCAAUUGUCUCAGGGAUCAACGUCAGCUAUGAUAGCAUCAUGGGACAUACAGCGUUACGGGGGCAGACUAAAACACCAUCAUCCGUCGACGGC